UGCAGCUCUGGCUGCGGAGGUGACACUCUCGGACCUGAGCCGCCGCCGCCAUCGCCACCAUGGAUGAACAAGAGGCAUUGAACUCAAUCAUGAAGGAUCUGGUGGCCCUCCAGAUGAGUCGACGUCCCCGGGUAUCUGGAUAUGAGACCAUGAAGAACAAGGACACGGGUCACCCAAAUCGGCAGAGUGAUGUCAGGAUCAAGUAUGAGCACAAUGGGGAGAGGCGAAUUUUAGGAUUUAGCCGUCCUGUGAGAUACGAAGAUGUGGAGCACAAGGUGACAGCAGUAUUUGGGCAACCUCUUGAUCUACAUUAUAUGAACAAUGAGCUUUCCAUCCUGCUGAAAAACCAAGACGAUCUUGAUAAAGCAAUUGACAUUUUGGAUAGAAGCUCAAGCAUGAAAAGCCUUAGGAUAUUGUUGCUGUCCCAGGACAGAAACCAUACCAGCUCCUCUCCCCACUCUGAGGUGUCCAGGCAGGUGCGGAUCAAGGCUUCCCAGUCCGCGGGGGAUAUAAAUACCAUAUACCAGCCCCCUGAGUCCAGAAGCAGGCACCUCUCUGUCAGCUCCCAGAACCCUGGCUGAAGCUCGCCUCCCCCUGGCUAUGUGCCUGAGCAGCAGCAGCACAUUGCCCAACAGGGGUCCUACACCAGCAUCAACAGUGAGGGGGAGUUCAUCCCAGAGACCAGCGAACAGUGCAUGCUGGAUCCCCUGAGCAGUGCUGAAAAUUCCUUGUCAGGAAGCUGCCAGUCCUUGGACAGGUCAGCAGACAGCCCAUCCUUCCGGAAAUCACGAAUGUCCCGAGCCCAGAGCUUCCCAGACAACAGGCAGGAGUACUCCGAUCGCAAAACACAGCUCUAUGACAAAGGGGUCAAAGGCGGAACCUACCCCCGGCGCUACCACAUGCCAGUGCACCACAAGGACUACAAUGAUGGCAGAAGAACAUUUCCCCGAAUACAGCGUCAUCAAGGCAACCUGUUCACCCUGGUGCCCUCCAGCCGCUCCCUGAGCACAAAUGGAGAGAACAUGGGUCUGGCUGUGCAAUAUUUGGACCCUCGUGGGCACCUGCGGAGUGCAGACGGUGAGAAUGCCCUCUCUGUGCAAGAGAGGAAUGUGCCAACCAAAUACUGUUACAGGUGA